AUGGAAGGAAUCACAGACACUCAAACUGCUCUGAUUGAUUCUGGUUCUUCUGCUAACUUCAUUGAUCCCAAUUUGCCUGUUCUCACAACAUUCCACACAUUGAAUUGGACUCCCCAUGCUCUGUCAUUGGCAUUAAUGGCAAACAAGCAAUUUUCUGCCAUCUUCUAUGCUCUUCCCCUUGGAAAUAGAAACCUUAUCCUUGGAACCCCAUGGCUCAUAUUGGCUAAUCCAGACAUUGAUUGGACCACCAUGAAAGUUUCACUCCACCUAGCUACAAAAGCACAAGAUGGCAGCAUCAACCCUGAGCCUCAGAAUCUCCCUGUUAAAUUCCAGGAGUUUCAGGAAGUGUUCAGUGAAGAGUCCUUUACCAUGCUGCCAAAACAUUGCCCUUAUGACAUUGCUAUUGACCUGGAAGAAGACAAACAGCCUCCCUAUUGUCAGAGCCAACAACUACCACAAGCUGGAAAGAUUGUGCCAACCACCUCACCAGCAGGAGCUCCUGUGAUGUUUGUAAAAAGGGCUGAUGGCAGGCUUUGCUUAGUGGUGGACUAUUGCCAGCUAAAUGCCAUCACAAUCAAGGACAGAUAUGCACUACCCAGACAAGACAAGCUAAUUGAGAAAUUGCGCCAUGCUAAGAUCUUCACAAAGCUAGAUUUGAGGAAUGGAUAUCACAAUAUCAGAAUCAAAGAAGGAGAUGAAUGGAAGGCUGCAUUUCACACUGCCCUUGGUCAUUUUGCUCCCACAGUCAUGCAAUUUGGCCUUAGCAAUGCCCUGGCUGACAAUAUCUCUGUGGUUGUGCACUUGGAUGACAUCUUGAUCUUCUCAAACUCAAGAGAAGAGCAUGUGGAACAUGUCAGGGAAGUCUUAUCUUGCUUGCUGAACCAUAAUCUAUUCUGCAACCCUGCCAAAUGCUACUUCUUUGUCACAGAAGUCACCUUCAUUGGUCUUGUGAUUACUCCUGAUGGCAUCUCCAUGAAAGACAAGGUGCAAGCAAUCAUGGACUGGCCUGAACCCCAAAAUGCAAAACAGGUGCAAUCAUUCCUAGGCUUUGCAAACUUCUACUGUUGCUUUGUCCCCAACUUCUCUUGCUUAGCACGCCCUCUGAAUAACCUUACUCAGAAAGAGCAACCAUGGAUAUGGCUAGAAGAACAGAAGGCUGCAUUUGAUGCAAUCAAGGCUGAGAUUUGCAAGGAGCUUGUUCUAGCUCACCCUGAUGAAUCUAAACCUUACACCUUGGAAACAGACACUUCUGGAGCAGCCAUGGGCGCUGUACUAUCUCAGAGAAAGGAAGAUGGUUGUAUACAUCCUGUUGCAUUCAUGUCAGCCAGCUUUUCACCUGCUGAGCUGAACUAUGACACGCAUGACAAGGAGCUACUUGCCAUCAUUUGUGCAUUUGAGCACUGGAGAAUCUUCCUGGAAGGAACUGAGCAGCCAAUCACUGUGUUUACUGAUCACAAGAAUCUGGAGUACUGGAAAUCAGCUAGAACCUUCAACAGGCGUCAUGCACGCUGGCAUCUCAUGCUGGCGUCCUACAACUUUGUUAUUGCUUAUAGACCUGGGAAAUAG